GCGGCUUCAUUUUUGAACGGUGCAGAUAGUGAGCCUCUAUUGAUUCAAAGAAAAAUGUCGUGCUGCGGAGGAAACUGUGGAUGCGGAUCCGACUGCAAGUGCGGAUCCGGAUGCAAUGGAUGCAAGAUGUACCCUGACUUACAGGAGCCAAGCUUCGCCACCAGCCAGACAAUAGUCCUCGGAGUUGCUCCUCAUAAGGGCUUUGAGGCGGUGGGCUUCGAGGCAGCCGGAGCGGAGAACGGUGGCUGCAAGUGUGGCGACAACUGCACCUGCGACCCCUGCAACUGCAAGUGAGAUUGAGAUCUCCAUCGGAGGGAGGAGCCAAGCAGGUUGAUGUGCGUGUAAAGCAAGUCUUUUGCUUUCCAGUUCGUGUGCAAUAAUAUAUAUGGUAGGUUUAUGGGCUUCAAGGAGUAGAUUGUUUCCUGCUCCCAUGGCCAAAGAAUCUAUUCGGGCAACCCUAUACUUCUUAUUUCUGCAACUUUAGUCCAGUUUAUGCGAGUGAAAUUAAUAAAGAUGAUGGCUCCUCUGCUGUAUUUAAUCGGA